UGUUAAACUCCUAGACACAGAGACAGCUCAGCCAGUCAGCUAGCAAUGCUGUUGCUGCCGCUUUUUCAGAAACACAUGCAGAAGCUCAGGGAGAGUGCAUGAAUCAAUCCAGAGCAGUAGGCUGAAAGAGAAAGCGAAUAAGCUGGCUAUGGCAUCUAACUUCAAUGAUAUUGUAAAGCAAGGCUACGUUAGAAUCCGCAGCAAAAAGCUUGGGAUUUUUAGACGCUGUUGGUUGGUGUUUAAGAAAGCAUCUAGCAAAGGUCCAAGGAGGUUAGAGAAGUUUCCUGAUGAAAAAGCAGCUUAUUUUAGGACCUUCCAUAAGGUGACAGAAUUGCACAACAUCAAAACCAUAACAAGACUGCCUCGAGAGACUAAGAAACAUGCGGUAGCAAUUAUCUUUCAUGAUGACACUUCAAAGACAUUUGCCUGUGAGUCAGAGCUGGAAGCAGAGGAUUGGUGCAAAUUCCUCUGUGUGGAAUGUUUAGGAACAAGAAUUAAUGAUAUAAGCCUUGGUGAACCUGACCUCCUUGCUGCUGGAGUACAGCGGGAGCAAAAUGAACGGUUCAAUGUCUAUCUCAUGCCAACACCAAAUUUAGACAUCUACGGGGAAUGCACAAUGCAGAUCACACAUGAGAAUAUCUAUCUGUGGGACAUUCACAAUGCAAAGGUCAAGCUAGUUAUGUGGCCUCUAAGCUCUUUAAGGAGAUACGGCAGGGAUUCCACAUGGUUUACAUUUGAAUCUGGGAGAAUGUGUGACACUGGUGAGGGACUGUUUACAUUCCAAACAAAAGAAGGUGAGAAGAUCUAUCAAAAGGUCCAUUCUGCUACUCUGGCAAUAGCUGAACAACAUGAAAUGCUCAUGCUAGAACUGGAGAAAAAAUCAAGACUCCAGACUACUCUGACAGAACCUAUGACAUUGUCCAAAUCAAUAUCACUUCCUCGGAGUGCAUACUGGCAUCACAUCACCAGACAAAACAGCGUUGGUGAGAUCUACAGCUUGCAAGGCUGUCUGAUGGGCAAUUCUUCCGAUUUCUUGGUCUCUUGGUCACGGACUGAUGACAUCAAACCAGGAAUGCAGGUCACUGUUUCAGUGCAACAAAGAUGCCUGGUGCACCGACGUUUCCCAGCUGCUCCCCAGAGCCGUGCCAGGAGUACCAGCAGUCCCUGUCGUUGCUUCGCGGGUAUGAACCCAUCUACUGCCCGUGCAUCCUCUAAUGACAUUCAUAAUGCUAUUGACCGCAGAGACAAUGCAAACUGGAACUUAAACGCUGAGUCCGACAAUCAUUUCUAUCCAGUCUAUUCAAGAAAGGCAAAUUACAACGAAAUCAGAGAGAGCGAGCUUUUGAAACAGACAAUUAAGAAACCACUGACAAAAGAUGUUCAUUUUGACUAACGCUAUUUCAGUAUGUUGAAAAUCAGAAUGCUAAUUAGCUGCAAAAUGAUAACUUGACUGCUGUCAAAACAUUAUUCAUCUACCACGUGAAUGUGAUGAAUCGAAGAACUUAGAGCACUUACCCAGUUUGUUCUUGCUUAUAUAGAUGUGUCCAUGCUAACAAGCACAGAACAUGUAUAUGUGAAAUCACAUGCCUUUCAAGAUUAUAUUGCAGGGCUCGAGGGACCCCUGGCAAUGCAGGAGAACUGAGGCCCAGAAGGAUUUGUCAUUGGGAUUCUAGGAGUUGCAAUUCAACAGCAGAUGUAGGCCUGUGAAAGACAUCCCAGAUGUGUAUAUAGUGCUCUCUCUUUUAUUGAACUGAUGCAAGUUAUUCUGCACUUGGUAAGAAUGUUUACAUGGAGGUAAAUGGGGAUGUUGCUAGGGCAGGGGUCCCCAUUCUUUUUUUUUUAACCAUGAGCAACAUUCAGAUGUAACAAGAGUUGGGGAGCAACGCAAGCAUGAAAAAUGUUCCUGGGGGUGCAAAAUAAGCAAUGCGAUCGGCCAUUUGGUAGUUCCUAUGUGGACUGUCAGCCUACAGGAGGCUCUGUUUAGCAGUACACCCAAAACUUACCUACAAGACGGGAAUUCAAAAAAGCACCUGCUUUGAAGCCACUGGGGCAACAUCCAAGGGGUUGAUGAGCAACAUGUUGAGGGUAGACAUAAAUAGGGAGCACUGUACUGAUGUUUUUGGUAACCGAAACAUUAUAAUAUGCCUUUUGUGUUAUCAACUUCAACAACAUUUUACCUUCCAAGGGGCUUCUCUGAUGCUCAGUCCCAUGGCAAACCCCUCUGCUCUACCCUGAAGCCAACUCAUAAUAUGAUAUGCACAGGUAAAGGUUUACUUGUAAUCAAAUACAACUUUCUGAAUAAUUCUUGGCUAUAUAUCUUUUACAGGUCUUUUGGUCCAUGUCAACAAGUACAAGUCAUACAUAUAUUAUAUUUAAUAAAGAGCAUACAUUUUUUAUCAUAAUUCUUCCAAAAUUCAGCAUUUUGUCAUUUUAUUUCUCGAAAUGGCUGCAAAGAUUUUGCUCUGAAAAAAAACAUGGCAACAAAACAAACACCCCUAAACCCCCUGGUAUUUUGGGCAAAAAAGAGGUGCUGAAAAAAACACCCAUAGGUUCAAAAAGUUGCUGUAUAAAAAUGGCCAUAGACUUCUAUGUAUUUUGCAAGAAAAAAGGUUGCUGUGAGUCUCUAAUUUAUUUGGGAAGCCAAAACAGGAUAAAUUCAUAUAAUAAUAAUCAUAUGUUAACUGAGCUAAAGAUUUUUGAAUAUCAAUUAGCACUUAUUGAAAAUGAAGGGUAAAAUGAGAUCUCACUCAUUUUUUUUCUCAUUAUUAAGCUAUUGAGCUUUCAUGUUUUUUUAAAAAAAA